CAGCAUCACAGCACCAAGCACAGCGGGUUGCCGGGUUGCCGGCAAUGGUGGUUUGGAAUGGAGCAGGCUCUAAGCCAUGUACCUGUGCUUGUUGGGACGCUUGCUUUCUUGCCGCUCGAGGACACUCUGAGAAAUGUCACAGCUUUGGGACGGUUGUGGCAGUUCGCAGCAUUGCAACCGGGUGCCCUUGCAGGACAUCUGCGUUUACGAGGUGAGUACACCGCAUGUUCCGCUGAGAAAUCUGAUCCACGCACUCCACCCAUGGGGCUACAGAAACUCCUUGGUCGCGGCUGCCUCAAGGAAGUGGAGCACGUGGAAAUCGCCGAACCCUGCAGUUGGUUACCAGACGUCCUCUCCAAGUUGCCGGCGCUGCGGCACCUCCGUAUCUCGGGGGCUCCCCAUGGGAGGGACGCAGCUGAUGUGGAAUGGGCUCUAAGCAGCAUUUUGUCGGUUGCCACUCAGCUCACCGCGUUGGACUUCUCCUAUCACGGUUUCCGUGCUCCGUCAGGAAGUAUCUACAGCUGGCCCAAAACGCCAGCCUUGAGAAAGCUUACAGUUCAGCAGAUGCCGCUCUCCCUGUGGGAUUUGCCGGGACUCUUCUCAGCCCAUGGUUUGGAGAUCUUGGAAUUGCAGGCAUGUCCGCUAACAGAGUCGCAGAUGGGCAUCGUGCACUGUGGAGCAAGGGUGCAUCCAAAGGAAGUCACGAUGAUCGACUGCGGUGGAAAGAUGGCCUUGACCCUGCUUCUGUCGAUGGGCUUGACGCGCCUUUGCUACCUCUGUGUGGACGAGGUCGCGGACGCGAAGCUACAGGAGGAGUUGUCAAAGGCGUGUCGACCCAGCCUGGGAGGGGUAGAUCCUGAUGUUGAGGCUGCGGCUGAUUUACAAACCAGGGCGGAGCGCGAGCUGCGGGCAGAGCUCCGAAGGGCCCAGCGACACGGAGGGGUGGAAGCUCACCUUGGGCCAUGGAGGCCUUUGUUCCAAUGGUUGCAGGCAGCUCACAGGAAACGCUGUCAUGGCCAAGUGCAGUACAGGACGCCGAAGUGA